AUUAUGAGCAGAUUUGAAGCUACACAUUAGAAUCUUCAAAAUGGCUCAGAUAUGUGAGAUCUCAGAGCAAGUGAAUAUCAAGUCUUCUGCUCACAAGUUCUAUCAGUUUUUCAAGAACAAAAUGGAUUAUGUUUUUGUUCAAAUGUUCCCUGAAAUUUAUAAGAGUUGUAAGGUUGUGGAAGGGAAUGGUUUUUCUGAUGGCAGCAUCAUCCACCUAAAAUUUAACGCAGGAAAACCAGAAGAGGUGAAAGAGAGGCUAGCUAUUGAUGAUGCCAACAAAUCAAUAACUUUUGAGUGCCUUGAAGGAGAUCCAUUAAGAAAUUUUGAAGUGCUUAAAUUAAAAUUUCAAGUUCUUGAGAAUGGUAACAAUGGAGGAACAGUUAAUUGGUCUAUAGAGUUUGUGAAGGCAAAUGAAGAUGUGGCUUCACCACAUCACUAUCUCCUAUGUGUAACUAAAGUUGCCAAAGGCCUUGAUGACUACCUUUGCAACAACUGAACUUAAAAGCCAUCCCAACUUGGUUUGGCUAUUAAAAUUAUAUGAUUUAAAUAUCUCCUUAUCUCGAGCUGUAUUGUUAUCAUAUGUGUGUACUCUGAAGCUUAAUUGGAAUAAAUAACGUAACAAUGGUAAUGGUUACUUAUUCUACUA